GUGAUAUAUAUACAUAUAUACAAUCAAUACAUAGGGUAGUAUUCUUGCAUAGGAUAUAGAUAAUUGAUCUCAUACAAAAAAAAAUUGUGUGCAGAAAGACGCGUAGUGAAAUUAACACACUCUACCCCAAAUUUGUUUUUAGCAUCGCCGAAUCGAUCCACAAUUUUGCGGUCGACCCAAUAAAAAGAGCAUUCAAAUACAUUACUCAUACCCUUGAGUAUAGCUCUACACGUUCCAACCUCAACAACCCUAAAUCCAUAACAAUACAGCAUAUGUUAGUAGAUUAUUCCGAGUCACAUUCCAUUUCUAUUCAAUUAGCCCAUUGAUCCUUCAACGCUACACCGAGUGUAAAGAACAAGACAUAUUUAUAUUUAACCAACAACAACAAAAUACCAUCUUCGUGGCACGUCCAUCACAUCCAUCCAACAUGUUUGCUUUCAGUCGGUUGGCAUGUACUGUGAGCCGUGCACUAUAUCCCUCAGCAGUCACUCGUGCUGUACCACGUGGGCGCAUAGCAACGGCGUCAGUGUCACAGCAACGCCAAUCAUCUACAGCCGAAGAAGGACUUACAGACACGCGCACGCUGGCACAAGAAUUACGGGAGCGAGGACUGUGGAAUCAGUGUACAGCCACGGAAGAGGCCCUGGAUCUGCACCUGAAAGACAAAAAAAGGACCGUCUACUGCGGAUUUGACCCCACAGCCGACUCUCUACAUGUGGGCAAUCUGCUCAUGAUUAUCACUCUCCUGCACUUUAGCCGCGCGGGACAUAAAACGAUCGCCAUUGUAGGCGGUGCAACGGGUUCAGUGGGUGAUCCGAGUGGGCGAACCACUGAGCGGGAUCCACUGGCCAAGAGCAAGAGCCAGGUCAACUUGGCAGGCAUUGAACAGGAUCUCAAGCGGGUGUUUGCCAAUGCUAAAGCCGCCUAUGCUGAGGGUACGGCAUCGUUUGGAUUGGCAGUCGUGGACAAUGCAGAGUGGUAUGCGGACAUGACACCUGUGACCUUCUUGACCGAGGUCGGUCGGCACCUGCGACUCAACCACAUGCUGGCGCGUGAAAGUGUCAAGUCUCGGUUGAACAGUGCGGAGGGCAUAUCCUUCGCCGAAUUUGCGUACCAAGCGCUGCAGGCAUACGACUUCCUGCAUCUCAACACCCACAGCGACUGUACGAUCCAGCUGGGUGGAAGUGAUCAGUGGGGCAAUAUCACCGCAGGUUGCGAGCUUAUCCGAAGAACCGCCAGCGGCAAACCGUCACAGAGCUUUGGGCUAACGAUACCACUGCUCACUACGGCGGCCGGUGUUAAAUUCGGCAAGAGUAUGGGCAAUGCUGUCUGGUUGAAUAGUGCGAAGACAAACCCCUACGAGCUCUAUCAGUUCUUUAUCAACACGACCGACGAUGACGUUGAGAAGCUUCUGCGUAGCCUUACAUUCACACCACUGGAUGAGAUCUCGCAAAUCAUGGUAGCACACCAGAACGCACCCGAGCUUCGCACAGCGCAAAAAGCUCUGGCCAAGAGCGUUACACAAUUGGUGCAUGGGGAAGAGGCAACACUGCAAGCUAUAGCGACAACAGACUCUUUCUUUGCCCAGGGUAAAGAUGCGAAACCCACCUCUUCGCGUGACAUCCUGGAACGCUAUUCUGGUGCACCCUCUGUAUCUAUCCCCAUUACCGAUCUCACCAGCAUGUCAGUGAUUGACCUGGCACUAAAGGCCGGGGCAGUCAAAUCAAAAGGUGCUGCGAGACGAUUGAUAACUGCUAAAGGCUUGUACCUAAAUAAUGAGACAAUAACAGAUCCGAAUCAAAAGCUAACAGAGGGAGACGCCAUCGAUGACAGUGUCACACUGCUGCGCACGGGCAAGAAGUCGUACGCUGUGGUCGAGUGGGAGAGGUGACGGACAGUAGCGACAGUAUGACUAUAGACUUGCAUAAUUAAUGACAAAUAAUAUGUUGGUUUAAUAUGUACAGCGUGCAUACAGUAGUUAUCAAAACACUAAAUAAUGAAGUAA